AUGUACUUCAAGACUUCGUUCAUGGCUGCGGCCGCUGCCGUCGGCUCAGCUCUGGCCCACGACGUCAAAACCUCGACCAGUGUCACGGCUUCCACUUACCUGGGAGGACUCAACCUCUACUGGGGCCAAUAUGGGCUUCCCGACGACAGGCUUUCCGCCUACUGCGAUGCGCCCGGAGUGACUUCCGUUUCCCUUUCCUUCGUCACCUACAGCCCCAAGUUCGGUGGUGGUGUUCCCGGCACCAACUUCGCUGGUCACUGUGGAGGCGAGGUGUUCUUCAAGAACCCCCUGACCGGCCUGUCCACCAAGCUUAUCAUGAACUGCGACUUCAUCAAGCAGGACAUCAAGUACUGCCAGAACAAGGGAAUUAAGGUCCUGCUCAGCGUCGGAGGCCAAUGCGAUACCUCCUUGACCGGAGGCAAUGGCUGCCCUUACGACGUCGAUAACGACCAACAAGGCGAGGAAUUUGGCGAGCUUCUGCACAAGAUGUUUGGUCCCUACGAUGCGAGCUGGACUGGAGCUCGUCCCUUCGAUAUCAGCGCUACUGAGCACAAUGCUGUGGACGGUUUCGACAUUGACUUGGAAUUCAAGUACACCAACUUCAGCCCCUACAUCAAGAUGGUCGAGAAGCUCCGAAGCAGCGCCAACUACUACAUCUCUGCCGCUCCCCAGUGCCCAACCGCAGAUCAGUGGUUCCAGAUGAAGGCCCUCAUUUACGCCGUCAAGUUCGACGCGCUCUUCAUCCAGUUCUUCAACAACCCUGGCUGCCAGAUCUCGGAUACUCCCAACUACGAUGACUGGGAGGUUGUCCUCUCCCAGACCUCUCUCAGCAAGGAUGCCAAGCUGUACAUCGGUGUCCUGGCAAGCCCUGCUGCUGGCUGGGCUGGUUACGUUUCCCCGUCGACCGUCAAGGACUUGAUCUGCAAGGUCAAGAGCAAGGCGCACUUUGGUGGUGUUUCUGUCUGGGAUGCUACCCGCGGUGGCUUGAACCUCAUCGGCGGUCAGGCUUUCCACGUGGCUAUUGCUGAUGCUCUGAAGUACGGAUGCGAUGCCAUUCCUUCCAUCAACGCCUCGAUCUCAGGUUCUGUGUCAGCUUCUGCUUCAGCUGCGGUAACUGUCUCUGCUUCCGCGGCGGCCAGCGUCAGCGCCAGCGCGUCAGUUGCUGGGUCUGUUUCUGGGUCUGUUUCUGGGCCAGUUUCUGGAUCAGCCUCUGUCGCCGCCUCAGCCUCCCUUUCAGGAUCUGGUAGCGCAUCAUUGUCUGGUAACGCUCCCAGUGCUUCUGCCACCAUCAUCAUCUCCUCUGCCUCUGCCUCUGCUUCAGGCUUUAUUUCGGCUUCUGUAAGCGUCCCUGGCAGGUUCUCCAACGCCACUGUUGUCAACUCUGCCUCGGCAUCUGCUACAGACGUCUGUGAGGAGGAUGACGAUGGUUUCCCCUCCGCGACGCCGACCAAGAUUGCCACUGCCUCUGCAGCCUCCGGUAGCGUCACCGGCGCUGCGACAGGCUCCUCUCCCAAUGGUAGCAACGGCGCUGCUUCUGUCAGCGGAACUGGCACUCUGACUGUCACUCCGUUCCUCACUGGCUCAGUCAGUGCCAGUGUUACUGGCUCGGGCUCUGGAGCUUCCGCAUCUGGAAGUGUUGUCGCUUCUGCUCCGUCCGGAUCUGAUGCUGCGAAAGGUACUGACGCGCCUGUGCCCAGCCCAGGUGGCUCCGACAGCAACUUCGCUUCUGGAACUGCUAAGCCGGUUGCCACCGGUCCGCUCAGCGUCACUGGGUUCAUUUCUGGCCAGGCUACUGGCAGCGCAUCUGUCUCGGGCCAGGCUAGUGCUACUGGAUCUGGAUCUGGAUCUGGCGGCUCUGCGUCUGGAAGUGCUGCGGCUGGUACUGACUUGCCUCUGCCUACCCCCGUCGGUCCUGACAGCGGCAACCCAGGCUCCGGAGCUGCUAAGCCCGUCGUCACCGGCUCGGUUUCCCCUGGUCCCGCAACGGAUGCCGCCCAGAAUACUGCUGCUGCUUCCCAGGCAAUGACUGUUAGCACCGUCUUUACCACCUCGGUCUACACUGUCACCUCUUGCGCCCCUACUGUCACCAACUGCCCCGUCGGCCAAGUCACCACGAAGGUUGUUCCGUGGUACACAACUGUUUGCCCUGUUGCUGAAGCGACGCCUGGCCCUAGCGAGCCAUCCAAGAAGGUUUCCACGCCGGGAGAUGUCUCUCAGCCCCCCAAGGUCACUGGCGGGAACAGCCCCGAGAGCAACCCCGGCCAGGGCGGCAACAAGGUCGUCGGUCAGCCGUCCGGCAGUCCCAUGGCUAACGGUGAUGUUCCCAAGCCCACCGGUCCCACUGGCGGCCAGGUCGUUGCUCAGCCAUCUGGUAGUGCUCCCAAGGUCAACGGUGAUGUUCCUCAGGCUACCGGUCCCAACGGUGGCCAGGGCGGCAGCCAGCCUUCGGGAGGUGCGGCUUCCCCCAUGCCGACGACAACUCCUGUCGGCACUAGUGGCAAGUGCACCGGCGCUAACUGCUCAAACAACGGCGGCAACAAUGGAAUGGACUUGACGACGACGUUGAGAACGACUCUGACGAUCCCCGUCACCGCCGUGGCCAAGUCCAACUCCACUAUUGCGGCCACCCUUCCGGGCACCGGUUCCCCGAGCAAACCCACAUCGGGUACUCCGGUGCCGAGCCAGCCCGUCCAGGCCGGUGCGGGCAAGGUCGGUGCCGUUGGUUUGGCGGGCUUUGCCGCAGUUGCUGCUGCUUUUCUUUUGUAA